AUGUCUGCUCCUGUCUGUGUUGACAAGCACUUGAGAGUCAACUCUAAGAUAAUCCAGGCAACAUUUACCGUCAUAGAGGUAAAAAUGUUCUUUCUCCAACCUCGCGUCCCUGAUUCUGAGUCAUAUGUUCUGUUUCCCCAUAGCUGUAAGGGCAUGGGAAGACGCAUUGGCCACCUGGCUGAUUCAGAGGGAAAGGGGCCAUGUGGCCGGCGGGGAAUUAGUGGCUUUUUUAAUUGUGCAUCACCAACACUUCAAACUACGCAUGUUCACUAUCUCAAUGUAUCCAAGGCCUUGCAUGAUGAAAAAUGCGUUCAACAUGGAGAAAAAUCUGUACGUGCUGUCCCAAAGGACACAGUCAGUGUGUGUAUACAAGCAAGGAGCAUAAACGGCAAAUGUCUGCUAGCACGCGCUCCGAAAGAAUUGAUUCAUAUUUACCGCUCGUCAAGAGCCAGUGCUCUGUUUCUCGGUCAAGACAUUAGGUCGCAAGCUUAUGCCUGCCCAGAUGUGAUUGUUGAAGAGAAGUAUAUUUUCAUAGAUCCUUCCUUCAUCUCAAAACUAAGCAAUUCAUCGACAACAAGACUAAAACUUCUUGUGGUGUUGUCCGCUCGAGUAGCUGAAGGUAGCUGCGAACCGACGGUCAACGUGCUCGGGCAAGCUGCUCUCAUGUAUACCGCAGAUGCUGGGUGGAGACGAGAUGAGCUCUCAAAAUAUGACAAGCAGAUUCUUUAUCACGCAUACAUGAUGGCUGUAUCAUCUUCGCAGUUUCCGCUGAAUCGUGUUGAAGGGAAAGAAUCGGCUACAAUCAAUGGAUCCUGCUAUAUCAAACCAGUGGCAGGGGUGACAGAGAUCGCAUGGGAUUGGAGACUGUUUUUAUUAGUGUCUGGUCUCGUUUGUUCAGUUCUUAUAAUAACAGCUAGUGCAGUGUUUCGACUGAUCUACACGGGCGAGUCGUGGGCAGUCGGAUCUGCUCAUUGGUCCCUUUCCCACCUUCUUGCAGAUAUGCCUAGAAACAAAGACGAUGUGCCAUGUCUUGAGGUGGUAGCGGUCCCGCCAGCCAAAACAUCAAGUCCAAAUAGCAAGAGAUCGUCCGGUGCCUCCGCCGAGGCCAACACCCUUGGAAAUAUACCUUUCUCGUCUUUCAUUGCUUCUCCCAGGAGGUCAGCAGAGGGACAUUAUAAGUACAUUGUGCGGUCGCCUAACACGGCUGCAGAAGAUAGAGAGAACGAUGAAGAUACUAAAUGA